AUGAAAAGAAGUUACGAGAACCCUUCUUCAUCUUCAAAGCAUCCGCAACAAAGAAACAGUAGUAGAUCCCAUUUCAAUCAACUUUGCUCCAAUCUCACUUCUAUCAUUCCUCCUCAACAUUUUCAAAAUUCAGUGGAUAUGCUAUGUCAAGCUGAUAAGAUAGAAAAAGCAACAAGCUACAUAGUGGAUUUGAGAGAAAGAGUAGAGAACUUAAACAAGAGAAAAGAGCAACUAAUGAUUGAAGUGAAAGAUUUGGGUAGUGUUAUAGAGGUGCAACUGGUGGUGCAACAAGACCGCGAUAUCAAAUUACAUGAAGUGAUUAGGGUUCUUGAGGAAGAAGGGGCUGAAGUUGUCAAUGCUACCUUCUCAACUUCUGGGAACUAUAUCCUCCACACUCUCCAUGCUAGGGCUCGAAAUACCAGAAUUGGAAUUGGGACUUCCAGAGUGCAGGAAAGAUUACAUGAGCUGAUUUGA